AUCUACUUUUCUUAUUAGUUGGUUUUAGAAAAAUCUUUCUUUUCUUUGAUAACAAUUUAAUUCCAACAUACUAUGUAAGGCUCGAAUCUUGUACAACAAUAAUCGUUACAUUAACAAAAGUCAUAAUUGACACCCAUAUUCUUGGGCUUUUCCCCAUAUUUUACAAUCUUUAUAUACCCCCUUAACCUCCAUUUUUCUACAAGUUGAUAAAAUUACCAACCAAGAAAAUGUUAAAUGUGAUGUGGGGUUGUCUUGUUCUUGUUUUAUUUUUCAUUUCUGGUAGUUUUUGUAUAAACCCAAAUGCAGAAAAAGAAUUGGACAAAGUUACUAAGCUACCUGGUCAGGGAUUUAAUGUGAAUUUUGCACAUUAUUCUGGAUAUGUUACUGUUAAUGAAGAAUCUGAAAGAGCUCUUUUUUAUUGGUUCUUUGAAGCUGUUGAUGAUCCUUCUUCAAAGCCUCUUGUUCUUUGGCUCAAUGGAGGGCCAGGAUGUUCGUCGAUCGCCUUUGGGUUAGCCGAGGAACUUGGACCUUUUCAUAUCGAGAAAGAUGGGAAGACUCUUUAUUGGAAUCCUUACUCUUGGAACUUAGCCGCAAACCUGUUAUUUCUCGACUCUCCUGUUGGUGUUGGUUAUUCCUAUUCAAACACUUCAUCUGAUCAUCAAAACAAUGGUGACGUUCGUACAGCUGCAGACUCCCUUGCAUUUUUACUGAAGUGGUUCGAACGAUUUCCAGAAUAUAAAGGAAGAGAUUUUUAUAUUACAGGAGAGAGCUAUGCUGGGCAUUAUGUUCCUCAGCUAAGUCAAGCUAUUGUGAGGGACAACCACGGUUUAAAGAAGCCAGCGAUCAACUUAAAAGGUUUCAUGGUUGGAAAUGCUUUGACCGAUGACUAUCAUGAUCACUUAGGAUUAUUUCAAUUCAUGUGGUCAGUUGGAAUGAUUUCUGACCAAACGUACAAGCAGGCGAAUGCUUUGUGCGACUACGAAUCAUUUUUAACACCGUCAGAACAGUGUAAUAAGAUUCUCGAUCAGGCUAAUGAAGAAAUCGGAAAUAUUGAUAGCUACAGCAUCUUCACUCCAGCAUGCACAGACAAGUUUAGUAUACUAAACCACUUUCUCAGAAAGAGCAAUAGGGUAGGCUAUCUCAGAAGAAGCUACGAUCCAUGCACAGAGCAGCACUCGAAGAUCUAUUUCAAUCUUCCCGAAGUUCAGGAGGCUCUUCAUGUUCAUAAGAGAAACUCAUCAUUCAAAUGGGUAACUUGCAGUGAAGAAGUAUCCAAUGGUUGGAAGGAUUCUCCCAAGACAGUGCUGGACGUGUAUCGUGAACUGAUAGAAUCUGGCCUUCGUAUUUGGGUUUUCAGCGGUGAUACUGAUGCUGUGAUCCCAGUUACAUCAACCCGUUACAGCAUAGAUGCUCUAAAACUGCCAACCAUUGCUCCUUGGCGCGCUUGGUAUGAUGAUGGACAGGUUGGAGGAUGGACACAGGAGUACAAAGGGCUGACAUUUGUUACAGUAAGAGGUGCCGGUCAUGAAGUUGCUCUGCAUAGACCGAAGCAAGCUCUCACUCUCGUCAAGUCAUUCUUAGCAGGAACAUCCAUGCCUAGUUCGGAACAAAUUAGUAACUCUUAGUUCUGUUUUUUUGUUUCACCAAGUGAUGUUUGUUCAUUGAUGUCACGCUUAUGAGGUGUAAGACGUUAUAACUUCUAUCUAACGCGAGCGUUAAAUGCAGCAGAAAUGGAACCAAAGUACUGUUGGAUUUAUAUGAUAUGAGAAUGAAUUCUACUUCUCUUGCCAA